AUGUCUUCUUCUGUCAAACACGUUAAUUCUCACAGGGAUGAUGUUAGCUUUGCAGAGAAGGCUGAGGCCAUCGAGCAAGAGCGGCCAGAUGAAGAACAGUUCAGCGAGAAUGAGAUUCGCAAGAUCAUCCGCAAGGUUGAUAGACGACUGAUCCCCAUGAGCGGAUUAUUGGUUGCAAUUUGUCUCCUGGACAGGGCAAACCUGUCCAAUGCAAACAUUGCUGGAAUGUCGAAGGAGUUACACUUGGGGAUUGGAACGCGAUAUUCUCUUAUUGUUCUCAUAUUCUUUGCACCAUAUGUCCUAGCAGAGAUUCCGGCAGCAGCUGGAUCCUGGUAUGUCUCUACACUGAAACUUUGCCGAUGUCUUCUUACUCUCAGAAAGGGGUUCGGGUUUGCCCAUCACUGGACAGUGCUCGUGGCGUUGCGUAUCCUGCUGGGAAUACUCGAGGCAGCCCUCUUCCCAGGUUUAAUCUACCUCAUGUCGUUGUGGUACACCCGGUAUGAAAUCCACAAGCGAUAUUCCGCUUUUUACUUUAUCGGCCUCGUUGGAUCAGCCCUCGGCGGCAUCCUCGCAUUUGCGUUCAUGCAGAUGGCAGGCCUGGGAGGCCUCGCUGCGUGGAGGUGGAUCUUCAUAAUGGAAGGCAUUCUCACAGUUGUUAUCGGUGCUCUUUCGAUCUUCUUCUUAAUUGGCUAUCCGCAAGACCUGAAGGAUGGUUCAGGUUUCCUGACAGAGCGCCAGAUAUCUAUUGUCCUUGACCGGGUCGAAAAGGAUCGACAGGAUACAGAGGUAGAUCAGAAAUUUCAAUGGUCCAACUUUAUCAAGCCAGCCCUGGAUUUGACUGUCUGGUCAUACGGCCUUCUUUAUACGUUUUCAACAACCACUGCCUACGCCGUGGCCUAUUUUUUACCCGAAAUCCUAAACCGCGAGCUUGGUUACAGCGUUGGUGUCUCACAGCUUCUAACCACUCCGCCAUAUGUAUUUGCCGGCAUUCUCAUGUGCAUCGAAGGCUGGGUAUGUGACAAGUUGCAAGCACGAAGUCCUGCUCUGCUUUACAACGCUAUGCAAACUAUUUUGGGACUCUGCCUUUUGUCAUGGACGCACAUAUCCGGAGUGCGGCUCUUUGGAGUAUUCCUCGUUACGUCUGGCUGUAAUGCGAAUAUUCCGGCUGUCAUGUCUUGGCAAGCCAACAACAUUCGCGGCCAUUGGGUGCGAACAUUCUGCAGUGCAGUGCUAGUGGCAAUGGGUGGACUGGGAGGCAUCAUUGGAUCCUUGGUGUUUCGCUCGCAGGAUGCCCCCAAGUAUUUACCCGGAAUAUAUGCCGCUAUCGUGUCUAACGUGCUGCUCAUGGUCGUUACAGUGAGCUUGACACUGUAUUUCUGGCUAGUUAACAGGCAGGUUAAGGCAGGCAAUAGGAUCAUUGCCGAUGUGCCAGGAUUUUUGUAUACUCUGUAG